AAAUGUUCAGAUGAAUGCCUAAUUAAAUCCGUUUCGAUUUUACAGUGCUAAGAACGUACAGGCAAAGAUAUGCGCCAAGUCGUUACAAAUUGACGACUGAAAACGAAAAAUAGGGAUACAAAAUAGCUAGGCCUUCCUUCACAUACAGCACCGUUACACUAAACAUGCAGAAUACGUUUCAUACAUUCUGACAAUGCGGUUAUUUCCAUUUCAGGGGGCGUACAGGAGGUGAUGAGGUAUUGUCCUCUCACGCAGCAGGUCCUUCUCACAACUCUGUUCUGCCCCGCUGGAACAGUCAUUCGGGCGGUGCACUGUAUUCUACCCUGCCGUCGUUCUAGAGUCCGUAGAUACCGGGACAGUUUUUAAAGCCAGAAAAUGAACACGACCUUCAACAGCUACCAUGAGGGGAACAGGUCAAUGCCAAGUACCACCUUGUCACCAGGGAUCCCCGAUGGGGUCAACGAGACCUGUCGCUUUAAUGAGGAGUUCAAGUAUAUCCUGCUGCCGCUGUCUUAUGGCUUGGUGUGUGUGUUUGGUCUUCUUCUCAACUCUGUGGCCCUGUGGAUGUUCCUGACCAAGAUGAGGCCCUGGAACACCAGCACCGUGUACAUGUUCCACUUGGCGCUGUCCGACAUGCUCUACGUCCUCUCCCUGCCCACCCUCGUCUACUACUACGCCAACCGCAACCACUGGCCCUUCGGCGUGGCUCUCUGCAAGAUCGUACGCUUCCUGUUCUACGCCAACCUCUACUGCAGCAUCCUCUUCCUCACCUGUAUCAGUGUCCACCGCUACCUGGGCAUCUGCCACCCGAUCCGUGCGGUCACCAUGGUCAAGCCUCGGCACGCCCACGUGGUGUGCGGCCUGGUGUGGGUGGCAGUCACCGCCUGCCUGGUGCCCAACCUGAUCUUUGUGACCACCACCGGCCGCGACGGGGGCACGCUGUGCCACGACACCACUCGCCCGGAGGACUUUGAGCGGUACGUGGCGUACAGCUCGGUCCUCACGGUGCUGCUCUUCGGCAUCCCCUUCUUGGUCAUUGUGGUGUGCUACUGCCUGAUGGCGCGGACGCUGUGCCGCCCCCGGCGCGGUCUGUCCUCCGGCCAGCAGGGGGCCUCCUCCUCCCGCAGGAAGUCCAUCAAGCUGAUCGUGGUGGUGCUGGUCGUCUUCGCGCUGUGCUUCGUGCCCUUCCACAUCACGCGCACCCUCUACUAUGCCUACCGCGUGCUGGACGCCGACUGCCACGUACUCAAUGUCAUCAACUUUGCUUACAAGAUCACCCGUCCGCUGGCCAGCGUCAACAGCUGCAUCGACCCCAUCCUCUACUUCCUGGCCGGGGAUCACUACCGCUCCAAACUGAUCCAGGCCCUCAAAAGGCGGAGGCAGAACACCACCACAUGUUCUGCCGCUUUUGUGGUGCCACGGCAACUUCCUGGCAACGGUAAAAUCGGGCUCAUGUACAAGAACUCUGACGCUAAAGCCUGUGUUGAACCACCUCCAAGCUAGAGCUAGUGCAAGGUGGAGAGUAAUCACAACUGUGGGGUAAAUCAUAGCACAAGCUCAGAUAAACACUGAGAUCUUGCCCCAAUGCCCCAUUGCUGGGAUAUCCUAAUGGUUGUCUUAGUGACUGAUAAUGAGAUCUUAGCCACUGUUAUAGGAUAGUGAGCAAUGGAAUGGGCGGUAUACC